AUGGCUGGGCGAUGGACUCUCGCCCGCGGAGUUAUUCACGAGCGCGCGAGUGCGCUGGACUGGGCGAUGGACUCUCGCCCGCGGAGUGAUUCACGAGCGCGCGAGUGCGCUGGACUGGGCGAUGGACUCUCGCCCGCGGAGUUGUCAAAUCUAACUCCAAGAGCCCAAAUUGCAGAAGAAUGGGAAAGGGUUAGGCUGCCGGAAAGUGACCGGAAAUUGAGGGUUCUGAUCGUCGGAGGGGCGGGCGUCGCCGGCCGGAACACGGCCGCCUCCCUCUCUAAAUUCUGUCCUCAGCUUCAGCUCGUCAUCGGCGCCCGUAACAAGGACAAAGGCGUCCAAACUGUAUCAACACUCGGUGGCAACUCGGAGUUUGUCCACGUUGACAUCAACGAUUUCACAUCCUUACAAGCAGCAAUGGCUGAUUCAGACCUUGUUGUUCAUGCAGCUGGUCCUUAUGAAUAUGCUGACACCAAAGUCUUGGAGGCUGCUAUCGAGUCAAAGACAACAUAUGUAGACAUAUCCGACCAUGAAGGUUACUCACGACGUGCAAAAUCGUACAUGAACAAGGCAAUAGCCGCCGGAGUUCCGGCCAUCACAAAUGCCGGAGCAAAUCCCGGCGUUAGCAACUUGAUGGCCGCAACCCUUAUACACGACGCACAAACCGAAAACCGAGGCCAACCCCAGAAGUUGAGGUACAACUAUUUCACUAGUGGCAGCGGGGGAACAGGUCCCGGGGUGCUGUCGACUACCUUCUAUCUUCUUGCAGAUGAGGCUGUGACGUACCAUCAAGGAGAGGAGAAGAAACUGAAGCCGUACAGCGAUAAGCGUAGUGUUAGCUUCGGAGAAGGGAUUGGCGAAAGAGAUGUUUUUCUAUUGAAUGUGCCGGAAGUGGCUAGCGCACGUAGGGUAUUUGGAGUACCAACAAUCGAUGCACGGUUCGGGACAGCGCCUUUCUUUUGGAACUGGACACUUUUGGCCGUCAUGAAACUCUUGCCUGUUGAGAUUUUGAAGGACAGGCGAAUAGUUCAAUUCUUGUCGAAAUUUGCAUACCCAUUUAUACGUGCGGUGGAUGUAAUAUCUGGGGAGAAAGCUGCAAUCAGAGUCGAUCUAGAGUGUUCGGAUGGAUACAAUACAUCGGCAAUUUUCAGCCACCAAAGACUAGCCGAAGCUGCUGGGACUGCAACUGCUGCAUUUGUUCUAGCUGUUCUUGAGGGAAGCACAAAGCCUGGAGUUUGGUAUCCUGAAGAGCCAGAAGGAAUCGCAGUUGAGGCAAGGGAAAAGCUUCUUAGACGCGCCGCAGAGGGUGCCAUGGAGUUCCAAAUAACGAAGUCAUUUUGCAGAAGGAAAGAGAAGCAGGGGAUGAAACUGGGGUGGAUAAAUUGA